AGUAACACAGAGGUAAUACCCAAGUAUGAUAAGGAUUAAGGCGUUGAACAAGCUCACUGAAUGCUAAUUGUACAAGAGCAGUACUUGUUGGCGGAGUGAGAACACCCAGCUAUAUGUAUAAGUGCAGGCCCAGAGAUCUUCCUGAAGCACUGAGCGAGGCCCCUCCCACAUGCUGACUGACCCCGUUUGGAGAGAGGAGACAAGAGAGUUGAUACAGGGCAUCAUAUCAUUGUGUUGACGUUCGGCGUUGUGUGUGUACGUACAGUACAGGGUGGCUGUGGAUACCCAAGGAUGACAUUGUAGCAGAAAGUUGGGGAAACUUGCUAGGAGCGAGGGACAAGUGUGGCUACCCGGAUACCGUAGUACGGGUAUGUACUCAUAUGGACCCAGCUUCAGGGACUUUUGUACAUACGGGGAUGCGUGUUCCAUAGGGACACCCGAAACGUCGAGAGACGCUUGUGUUUACAGACGUAUAUACAUUUGGACGUGGACGUGGUCGUGUACCCCCAUGAACCCUGUAACGUGGAGACACUCUUCUCUGUACUGAUAAGCACAACUGUAACGACAAGGGAACGUAUGACCCCAUGUAACGGAGAGCUUGAGGGACACGUGGGUACGCUUCAGGCGCUGACGUGGGUCAGAGGUUAGUGUUAUUCCGAAACGUUUCCAACAUUUGGGUUUACUCCGAGGGUACUCUAAUCUGAAAAAGAAAUAUGGAGGACCAUCAUCAACAUCAUCAUCACCAUAUGACGACCACGGACUCGACCCCAGGACCGUCUCCACCGACGGCGGACCAUGCCUCUCACCACGGCCACCAUAUCAUGACGUUUCAGCUGUGGACAGCGUCCAGUCUCCUGGUCCAGGCGUGGCGUCUCGACACCCUGCACGGGUUGGUGCCAGCUAUCAUGUUUUGCUCCGUCCUUUCUGUCGUCUACGAGGGCUCCAAGUUCUACUACCACAUCGGCAAGAUCCUUCACUCCAGGAAGUCCACCAACAGGUGGCAGGGCACACUCGUGGCUCACUAUGUGUCCCGGAUGUGGAAAGCCUUGGCCUAUACAACCCACUUUCUGAUUGGCUACAUCCUCAUGCUGUGCACUAUGACCUAUAACGUGUGGUUGGUGCUUGCCGUCUGCCUCGGAGCAGGGAUUGGCCACUUCUUUCUUCUUCCUCUCAUCGUGCACGUGCUGAACAAAGUCACGGACGAAGAAAUUCGCGCAGUUCGCGCCAACACGACUCCAGUUACGAGGUGCAAUAGGGACUCCGACAAGUCCGACAGUGCAGACUCAUCCGAAACGGACAGCAUCCGUCGAGCUCGGAACAACGAGAAUGACUCUCUCCUAGAACAGAUCUCGGUUGUUCGAGAAACAGAGUUGUGAAAGUAAUAACUUGCAACGUGUGCCACUUGUCCUACGCAUGUUAUGCAUUCUAAUGUAUGGAAAGUCAAUCAAAUUACCCCUACAGUAAAACAUGGUUAUAUGGAACAGGGCUAUGACAGUUGCAGGGAACCGCGGUUUCUUGGAUGUUUGGUGCCACUUACCACGUGACCAGGGACAGUGUACCGAUGGACGAGAUGCACUAGUUCCUCACAGUGGAGUGAGUGAGUGACAGCUGUUUUACGCAAACGACUGAUUUCCAUAUUAGCAAUACGGAAAGCGCUCAACAAGACGUCGUACAAGUGGAUACGUUUGAAUUAGAAUGUCAAAUAUGGACUCCUCUUCAAUAACUUACAGUCUUUGCUGUGAUCUGUUUGCAAGAAGUACACUGGAGACCUUUCAACGUACAUUUAUGCUCACUUCAUGGAACGGAUGUUCACAUUUCAUUUUCAUGUGAUAUGUUUUGUGGUUCUAUAAUGUGUGUGUCCUUGUUUCAUUUGGUAUUCAGGUUAAGUGUUUGGUGAAAAAUAUCUUCUACUACUACUACUACGACCAUUGUAUUUAGUGGUUGAUAUUUUGCUCAAAGUUCCAAACUGGUUGGGGGAAGGUGUUGUGGAGCGGGUGGUAAGGUGUUGGGUGGAGGUGUAAGGUGUUGGAAUAAGAUAGCAAAUGUAAUCACAAUUGGCAAUAUCCAGUUCAAUCUCCUCUCAAGGAAAGUGUUCCGGACCUUUUCCAGACCUGUGUGCCGUUAUACAAAACGAUCUUAGCGCUAGAUUGGCCUACCUCCCAUACCUUAACAUAGACUUAAGAUAGUCUUAGCGCUAGAUUGGCCUACCUCCCAUACCUUAACAUAGACUUAAGAUAGUCUUAGUGCUAAAGUUGUUUUGUACACCAGCACCCAGGUCCCAAUUGGGUCUGACAUAGCAGUGAACA